AUGCGGCACCUUGCUGCUGCACAGCACCUUCCGGAGCAGCUGCGGUUCUACCUGGCACGGUUGUCUCGGUGCAGCUCUCCCCUGCGCAGUGCUCAUCCACUCAUCUGGGUACGCUGGAGGGGAGGCACAGAGGGCUCUGCUCCCCAGCAUUGCCACUGGUGUGGGGUGGGACAGCUAAUCCUGCCUGGAGACCAUGAGGCUGAACCUGCCUGGCUGGGGAAGGGAUGGAGCCAGCUGUCCCCUGUCCAGCAUGACCCUGCUGUUACCUCCCUGCCUACCCGGAGCAGCCUCGCUGAAGUUCAAAGUGAAAUUGAACGGAUUUUUGAAUUAGCAAGGACACUGCAGCUGGUAGUGCUUGAUGCUGAUACCAUUAACCACCCAGCUCAACUAAGCAAAACCUCUCUGGCUCCCAUUAUUGUAUACGUAAAGAUUUCUUCUCCUAAGGUUUUACAGAGGUUAAUAAAAUCUCGAGGGAAGUCUCAGGCCAAACACCUUAAUGUUCAGAUGGUGGCAGCUGAUAAACUGGCACAGUGUCCUCCCGAAAUGUUCGAUGUAAUUCUUGAUGAGAACCAGCUUGAAGAUGCUUGUGAGCACCUUGCUGACUAUCUGGAAGCCUACUGGAAGGCCACACAUCCACCUAGCAGCAAUCCUCCUAACCAGCUUCUCACUCGCACACUUGCAACAGCCACUCUUCCUAUUAGCCCAGGUCCAAAUAUUAAUUUACAGCAGGGAUCUCAAGGAGACCAGAGGAAUGACCAUUCAGUCCCUGAACGCAGCGGUUCACAAAUUGAAGAGGAAGCACGGGUUGAACCCAUCAAGAAAUCCCAGCAUCGCUCCUCCUCAAGCCAACACCACAACCAUCGUGGUGGUGUUAGAGGCCUUUCUAGGCAAGAAACUUUUGACUCGGAAACACAAGAGAGCAGAGAUUCGGCUUACGUAGAGCCAAAGGAGGACUACUCACAUGAGCACGGUGACCACUAUGAUUCUCACAGGGAUCACAAUCAUAGAGACGAGUCCCAUGGGAGCAGUGAUCACAGACAUAGAGAAUCAAGGCAUCGCUCAAAGGAGAGGGACCGCGAGCAGGACCACAAUGAAUGCAACAAACAGCGUAGUCGUCAUAAAUCAAGGGACCAAUAUUGUGACAAGGAUGGGGAAGUGAUAUCGAAAAAACGUAACGACGCAGGAGAAUGGAACAGGGAUGUUUACAUCCGUCAGUAACUUUUGCCUCCGGCAGUCUUGUGUUUCUUUGAAGUCUUGUAACAAUGCCCCUUGAAAAUAUCUUUGGGUUCUUCAUUGCAGAACAUAUGGUAUCCUUCUGUAUGCUGAUUUGUAUUGCUGUUGCUUGCAUAGCAAUAGCAUGAAAUAGAAUAUUCAUAUACUUAUUUUUCUGGUUAGUGCUAUAUGAAUUAGCAUAGCACAACUGCAGAGUUCCUGAUGUUGUACUAUGCCAUUUUUCAAGCUGUUUUUUGGUAGCUGCCACUUGAACAAUAUCUGUUGCCAUCAAGGUGUUGUUAGUGUUUUUUAAAAAAAGGUACAUUUGAUGUUUAAUAACUUCCCGUGUAUUCAGCAAGCCCGAAUCAGCACAUAAAAAAAAUCUA